UGCCCCAAGCGCUUCGCGACUAUUUCACAUCAUGGUGUUUCCCAGUCUCCUGCGUUCGAAACGACCUGCCGCAUUACAAGGCAAGGAUGACCAACAAAUCACCGAAGAGACGGUACUGGAUAGCGCGGGCAAGCUCGACUUUGGGGAAUUCGAGCUACAACUCUUCGACAAUCGCUACAUGGUGAAAGACGAGCCCGUGGUAAAAAGAGGAGGAUGGCUACGACCCUCCUGCAUCCCAAUCACCAUAAUCCUCAUUCUCAUCAUCCUUGUGGUGCUGUUCCCACUCCUCGACCACUCCAGGGAAAAUGCACGCAAUGCUGCCUCAGCCAACAGAACUCACCUGUUCGGAAACAACUGCACAGAUUCGUGUCUGUUCACUCUUGUGGAAAGCAUUCCUGAGAACUUGACUUUUCCUACUGGAGCUCCACAUCACAUGUCCAUAUUCGACGCAUGGAACAUUCUGCUAGACUCAGCAACAAGUCAGGUCCACAUUGCUUCAUUUUACUGGACGCUCAGGGGAAAAGAUAUCGAUGUCGAUGACCCUUCAGACUGGCAGGGUGAGGAAAUCUUUUCGAAGCUUAUGUACAUGGGACGCAACCAAAGCAUUGACAUCCUGAUUGCUCAAAAUGCACCUUCGAAGUUUAUGCCAAGUAAGGACACAGAAGACUUUGCAAAAGCAGGAGCUGCAAAGGUACGCAGUGUGGACUUCAACGCUCUUCUGGGAGCUGGGGUGCUCCAUACCAAGUUCUGGAUUGUGGACAGGAGGCAUUUCUUUGUCGGAAGCGCAAAUAUGGACUGGAGGUCGUUAACACAGGUGAAGGAAAUUGGCGCACUUGUCAUGAACUGUAGUUGCCUUGCCCAAGACCUAGAGAAAGUGUUUGACGUGUAUUGGAGCCUGGGUCUCCCAAAUGCUACAAUACCUCAGCACUGGCCUGCCAGUCUGAGUACAGUCUUCAACAAGGAAGCUCCAGCCUAUCCUGAAUUCAAUGGAACUGCCACGGCUACUUACUUUUCUAGCUCCCCAGCUCCACUGUCUCCCGAGGGAAGAACUAAUGACAUUGACAGCAUCCUUGACACGAUUCAUAAAGCUAAUGAAUACAUCUACAUAUCAGUUAUGGACUACUACCCUAUCACACUCUACACAUCAAGAACAUUGUUUUGGCCAGUCAUCGACGACGCAUUGCGGGCGGCUGCCAUCGAGAGGGGUAUCCACGUACGGCUCCUCGUGAGCAAGUGGAAUCAUACGCGCCCAGAAAUGGAACGUUAUCUUAGUUCGCUUGCAGUGAUUCGUUCAAAGGAAGUACACAUAGAAGUGAAAUUGUUCAUAGUACCAGCCUUUACUCCAGCACAGCAAAAAAUUCCAGCCUCUAGGGUUAACCAUGAUAAAUACAUGGUCACCGAUAACGCUGCCUUUAUCGGCACAUCAAACUGGGCUGGUGAUUAUUUCAUUAAUACAGCUGGUGUUAGCAUGGUCAUGCAGCAACCUCAAAACGACUCGUCCUCUGUUCAGCCCAUCAGGCAGCAGCUGUGUGAUGUCUUUGAACGAGACUGGCACUCGCCCUAUGCACAUCCCCUCCUCUCGCACAAUGAACUGUAGUGCAAGCAAUACUGUGAGUUAUACAGAAUCCGUUGGGUUUGAAGGAGAAGCUCAUGGAACAUGCAAGAGAUUCACUACAUCACUCAGGCAACGCAUACGGAACGCUGUGCCUCAUCAUGUCAAAUAUCCACGUAGCAUGUCGCUGCACGUAUCUUGGGGACCACACAAGUGGUAUGGUUGGUGAAUGCAUCUAAAUGUACGAGGGGGUGCUGAAAACUUCUCGGUCCGACAAGGAAAAAUGCGGUGCAGAUCCAUAAACCUUUGUUACAAUUCGACGUAUUCACCUCAAAGUUCAACGCACUUGACACAUUGUUCCUCAAGCUUCUUCGACCCUCGAAAAAAAAUCGAGUGUCUGCUCUCCGAAAUGUGCUUCAGCUGCUCCUAUCACCUCCGAGCCCUCAGAGAAUCUUUUAACUUUCAAACGUUUUUGUUUUCAAGUUCGUAGGAAAAGAAUAAGUGCGAUGGGGCAAGAUCCGGUGAGUAUGGCGGAUUCUGAAUGCAUUCAAAUCGCAAAUCCCUCAGAACCUCCACAGCCUUGCCUGCUUUGUGAGCCUGUGUAGUGUCCUGGAAAAGGAGAAUGCGCCCCUUCCUGUAGGGUUCAGUCUUGAAUUUCUCCGUCCUCGGAGAACCCGAGUGCUUCAGUUCUAUGGACUGUUUUGUCUCAGGAUCAUUGUGAUGCAACUAUGUAUGUCUCAUCAACUGUAACAAGUUGCUCAAGAAGAGUGUCACAAAAACACUCAAAAUGACACAAAAUCAACUUCCAUUCGGCAUUGUUUCUCAUCAGCAUACAAACAUUUUGGCACUUACAUGGCACCAUCCUACUCUUAGUGAAUUACAAACCAUUGUCUGGAUGUGCUUAAGGUCUUUGCAAUUGUUUUAGUCAAGAUUCGCCGAUCUGCCAAAUGAGGUCAUGGACACGGUCAACAGCAGUAAAAUACACAAUCAACAAUUUCGGCUGUUGAUGCCAUUGGGGGUCUCCCUGAUCUUCUGUUCUUAAGUGUCAAAAUCCCCACUCUGAAAGCUGCCACACCAUUUCUUUGCGGUUGAGUAUGAUGGGCACUAUUGACCUAUGGUUUGGAUCCAGGACUCAUAGAUUUCUGUUGAAGUUUUCUUCUCCACCAGCUUCACGCUUGUUGUAGACAUGGUUCUGUUGAUAGCCCAAGCAAAAAUGAAUUCUUCACAUUACAAACCUUUCUUCUUCUCCAUCUCACUCUUGUGUGUCUACAAUGACGAGAUCGUGUUUGUAUAUCUGAAAAUGAGUUGGGCCGAGAACUUUCAGCACAUCCUCGUAGUUUGCAACUAAGAUAACCAGGGUAAAGGAAGAAAGAAGAAUAAGCUAAAAGCACAGUGUCAGAAUAAUACCACAGCUCUGUUAGGCGGUUAAUAUCCUCAAAUAGUCUGCAAAAAUGUUCUAGAGGGUCACCUCUCAGAAAAGUAGGCCUUCUGAAAGGUAUAAAUGUUGCACUGUUUGGCACAUCAUGGCCAUGGUUGCUUUUGCGCCAGAAAGCACAAAUCACUGUGAUCACAAGUGUUAUGGUUAAAGUAGCAAUGAGGUGACAUCUAACAUGGCUCGAAACCCCGUCUCAUCUGUCAAGCUGUCCACCUGGAGGCACCAUGCAUAAUAUUCUUCCUGUGCGGUGUAUUCUCACAGCACAAUCAAAUUUGCAAAAGCAGUUGAAGAAAGUAACCGCGGACGGUCGACACGAUCUCGAUAUUUUGUCUCCUACUUCUCAGCUCACGCACUUCUUCGACUGGACAUGGAGUUCCUCUCUACUUUCAACAAUAUUUGGUGCCGAAGCCCGGGAAGAAGGGCUCUGAACGAUUCAAGAUCCAGAUUAUCGAGAGACUCGAAGUUGACUCACGGACUGGCUCCGGAAGCAAUGAGUUCUGGUGUGUGCAAGGAUCAUGAAGCUUACAGAAGACAUAGGACUACAGUAAACCCUCGUUAACUCGCUUAUCUCGAAAUAUCAGUUAUCUGGAAUAUUUUUUGCAUCCCGAUACUUGUCCCAAUGUAUCUGGGCCCUUUUAAGUCGAAACUGUUUUCUUUUUUUUGCCCGAGUACGGAUAUCUCGAAAUUCCAUCACCGGUAGGUCACUCUACCUACGGCUGAUGAUGUGCAUUCUUCGGUCCCCCAGGCUAGGUCAGGUCCAGGUCACUGAAAGGUUAAAGCCUUUCAGUCCUAGCAUGGUUCGUGGUCCUAGGUACUCACACGCCGCCACAAGCUGUGGCAUGCAAACAGCACUCCCCUUUCCACCCAUCGUCACUCCUCCUCUGCAUUCGUUUCGUCCUUCGCGGCGUGAUGGCUGAACAACACACAUGCAAGUCCCUGACUUUGGAGCGGAAGGUGGCACUUAUGAAAGGCCUGACAGCAGGUUUAUCAAGCCAUUAUCGUGAACUCUUUCGUUCAUGCUGGUUUCUGGUCUUCCACCGCCGUACCAGAGCCAGCAGACGAGUUCAGUGGCUGUAAUAAAUUGUGCAACGAUGUGAUGCGCCUCGCAUGUUGUGGGGAGAGUGACUUAGAGGACUUGAACAUCGAGGACUAUGCGCUUUACGACAGCGAUGUACCAGUAAGCGGCGAACUGAGUGAUACUGAAAUCGUCGCCCACAGUGGUGCCCAUGGUAGUGACAUGCCAGGAGGAGCGUCACAUGCGUUGCUUUGAAGUGCUUGAAGAUGCUUCCUUGUUCCCAGACACGAAUGCCAAGCAGAUUGCUAUUAUGGAUUAUUCCCUCUCAGAUGAUGUUAAAAAAUAAAUGGCUUAGGAAUUGUU